AUGCUUUUGAUGGCCAUGCGAUGGGCAACAACUCUAGCAGAGGAGGCCCUCGCGAAGCAGAACUUGUUCGGUCUGCGCGUCAGAACUCACUCUUUCGUGGAACUGCGAGGUACAGGAGAUGAAGGGGACGGUGAAUGCGAGGGAGUUGGGGAAUUUUCUUACUUGCACUUCACUCACAAGAUACAUCAGUUCUGUGCGAGGAGGAAGCUUGGGGUUCCACCGCCAAACUCUCCUUUCAACCUCAGUGUGCGAUCAGAUCUUUUUGUAUCGGAGACAGAUGAUGAGCUGAGGAGAAGACUGGGAUGGGAAGAGGAGAUCUUCAGCGCGAUUCUUGAUCUACAACGGAGACCUCCCGAGCUCCUUCGCUCGCGCUACCUCAUGGGCGACAUCGAGCGAGAACUUCUCUCCCGCAAAGUUGAGGAUCUGGUGAUGCAGCUGGAGCAAUACUUGGGCAUGGAGGAGAGAAGCUUCUCUGACGGUGACAUGAGGAGCAGAAGGGCGUGGGAGCACGAGAUGGAGUUGCGGAUAGACAGACUACGACAGGAGGAAGCGAUUGAACCCUCAGAUGUCAUGCAGUGGAAGCAAAUGCUAGAGCAGGUAGAGGAGGAGAAGCUCAUGCUGUGCCGAAACACAGAGGAGCUGCUGAACGUGGUGGAGGUGAGAAUGAAGGAGGUUGAGUGCUUGUAG